UAUGUAUACGUAUAGCUAAUUCACUUUGUUAUACAGCAGAAACUAACACACCAUUGUAGAGCAAUUAUACUCCAAUAAAGAUGUUAAAAAAAGCCAUUUUAUAAUACUGGAAAACUGUAGUUAACCUACUUACAUUCUUUAUCUUUGCUUACUAAAGCAUUUACUUAGACUUUUUGAAAGUUUUUAAAGGUGCCAUCAAAAUAAUUUGAUGUAAUGACUGUGUCCCAGUUGAAAAAACCAAAACCAGAAAAGAUAACCACUUGCUCAAAAUCAUACUGUGUGACAAGGCCAGUCUUUGCAUUACACAGUACGUUAAUACAUAGAAAGAACAUCUUUGGCGUGAGCUCAUCUUCUGGUUUAUUUUAUAACGAAAUAUUGGAACAAAUUAGAGGAAGGGAACAGAUACAAAUCAUCUGAACUGAUGAGUAGUUUCCAAGCCAUGUAGUUUUGCUUUGGAGUAUUCUUUUAUUUUUAUUUGAAUAUUGUCCUGUGUGAAUUCAUAAUUUUUCCAAUAAGCCCCACUUUGAAAGCAUGACCCAAGAGGAGCUGAAAAUGCGUGUGCUUUUCUCUCAUGUUUCCCCAUCCAUCUCAUUAUAUCCUAAGAACAUGGUCACUUAACGGACCGAAAGCAGACAGCACAGCUGCCGUUUCAGUGUUCUGGUUCAGACUUUUCCCGAGUUAGAGGAGGUAAACAACUUGCAGGCUGUGGCUCCUAUGAGGAUUGUUUUUAAGUGUUAAGGAUUGUAGUAUAGCACUUCUUAAUACUUCUUGAAAAAUUGAAAGAUGUUAAGUAAAUAUCCUCAAACCUGAUGAGUUUAUUCCCCGAGGAUUGGUUUUGUUAGGUCACAGACACGUGUAUAGUGAGGGUGUUUGUGGUCUACGAUUAGGGCUGUGCUCAGUGACCACGUGCUUGCGCGGCAGUGGUAGAGGUUUGACAAGGCCGUAGAUUCAGAUCUUUGAGUAAGAGGAGAGGAGAGACUUCUGGAGCUAUAUGAAGUUCUGUAAUUUUCAAAAUAAAAAAAUUUCAGAUUGAGUUGCUUCAUAUCUCUUCUUUUAAAAAAAUGUGUAUUUCUUUAUCCCCUCACGUCCUGUACCUUGACCUCUUCAGCGAGCCACCGCCUACUGCUUCUCUGUCCAUCUGUGAGUUCAUGCAGUUGUCCACUGUCCCAGGUGGGGAGGAGGGGAGAAUUAGAAGAAUGAGGGGCGCUGUGGGGCAAGGCAGCGGGAGCAGCUCUGGAGUCGUGGGGUUGAGAAGGUAACUGAGAAGUCCGCAUCUGUGCAUCUAGGCCUCUUAGCACUUGCCGAAUGUCAGAGUGUCUAGUGUGGACGCUUGAACAGAUUUUCUUUCGUUUCUUCAGACUGUCUGUGGUAGUGAACUGAAGGGCUGGUGAGGAGACAGUGGCUUAUCAGUUUGCCUUUCUUCCUGGCGCUGCAGCUGCAGGGUUCACACUCUCCCUCUAGAAUCGUGUCUCACACAGGCCACUCGCUAGGUGAUAACUGCGCCAGAUUCCAGAACUGGUCCUUCUUUGUGUUCCCUCUUUGGUCUUCUGGAUUGAAAAAUGAAAGUUUGGAAUGUUCACUGUGUCAUAGAAGUGAAAGAAAGUGAAGUAUUUACUGGAUUUGUGUAUUAUUAGGAGCUUUAUAUGUAACGCACUCUUUACUCUUCACAAAUUGAUGAUGUGAUUAUUAUUUUUCCCAUUAUAUUGAUAGGGAAACUGAAGAUCACAGGUUAAACAGUUUACCCGAGGCUGUACAGUCAGUAAAUGACAUCAGAUGCUUCAUUUCCCUCGAAUCCAGGGGUCCCCAGCCCCCGGGCCGCAGACCUGUUCGGAGCCGGGCCGCGCAGCAGGAGGUUUAACUGAUGCCAAAAUAGCAGAGAAAUCAGAGCCCUUGGGAACCUUAGGAAUCAGAGAAUUAGCCUCUUCGUUUCACAGGAUUAAUUUAUUUUUGGAAAUCAAGUGCAAUAUUAAAGGAAAACAAACCACACUACCUUAUUGGAAGCCAUUUCUGCUAAUUUUAUUACAUUUUAAAAUUUAUGGUUUGAUUUGAAUACUAUCAUGGGAGGAGCUGUGAGUGCUGGGGAAGAUAAUGAUGACUUAAUUGAUAACUUAAAAGAAGCUCAGUAUAUCCGCACUGAAAGAGUGGAGCAAGCCUUCAGAGCGAUUGAUCGCGGAGAUUACUAUUUGGAAGGCUACCGAGACAAUGCUUACAAAGACUUAGCCUGGAAGCAUGGCAACAUACACUUGUCAGCACCUUGCAUUUAUUCAGAAGUUAUGGAAGCGUUGAAACUUCAACCAGGAUUGUCUUUUCUUAACCUGGGAAGUGGAACCGGAUAUUUAAGUACAAUGGUGGGCUUAAUUUUAGGUCCUUUUGGAAUAAAUCAUGGGAUUGAGCUUCAUUCAGAUGUGGUGGAGUAUGCCAAGGAAAAACUGGAGAGCUUCAUCAAAAAUAGUGAUAGCUUUGAUAAAUUCGAGUUCUGUGAGCCUGCAUUUGUGGUUGGCAAUUGUCUGCAGAUAGCGUCAGACAGCCACCAGUAUGAUCGGGUCUACUGUGGGGCUGGAGUCCAGAAGGACCACGAACACUACAUGAAGAUACUGCUGAAAGUCGGGGGCAUCCUGGUCAUGCCCAUAGAAGACCAGUUAACACAAAUUAUGCGAACUGGACAAAACACUUGGGAAAGUAAAAACAUCCUUGCUGUGUCAUUUGCCCCACUUGUGCAGCCGAGCAAGAAUGACAAUGGCAAACCAGAUUCCGUGGGCCUCCCCCCCUGUGCUGUCAGGAAUCUGCAGGACUUGGCUCGCAUUUACAUUCGACGCACACUUAGAAAUUUCAUAAAUGAUGAGAUGCAGGCCAAGGGCAUUCCUCAGAGGGCGCCGCCCAAAAGGAAAAGGAAGAGGGUCAAGCAGAGGAUUAACACUUACGUCUUUGUGGGGAAUCAGCUCAUCCCUCAGCCUCUAGACAGCGAGGAGGAGGAGAAGAUGGAGGAAGAUAAAGAGGGGGAGGAGAAGGACCACGGCGAAGCCCGCAAGCAGGAGGAGCCGCCCCAGAACUUGCUGAGGGAGAAGAUCAUGAAGCUCCCCCUGCCCGAGUCUUUAAAAGCUUACUUGACGUAUUUUAGGGAAAAAUAACUUAGAGCAAGAAGAAAGAAUGCCUACUGAUAAUUCCUUUAGUCUUGAAAAUGUAGCAUUUGUUAGAAGUUAAAAGAGAAUUCUUUCUUUCAUCAGAGUGAAUUUUUAGUGGAAAAAGUAUAACUUGUUUCUGUCUUAGUAAUACAAAUGAUGUAUUCUGUGAUUAAAAAGAAUCCCUUUUAUAAAAUAUAUUUUUCUUUAAAUCUUGUUAAAAUUGCUGUUUUAACUUGGAGCGACUUCAAGAGUGGAAUGUAAAGUAGUCAAGACUGGGUCCUUCAGAUCCUCAUCUGGUUCCUUACAGACUAGUAGUGUGAGGGUUAGGUUUAAUUUUCCAUAAGGUGAAAUCAUCAUGAAGCAUAUGUAGUCUGAUUCGAAUUGCAGCCAUUUGCAUUUCCUCCAUGAAACCUUUAUCUAACAAGGAAAUCAGAAGCUUUGUGUUUUGCAGUCACUGUUGCUGAGUUGCUGUAGGUCUAUUCCGGGCGAUGUAUGAGUGCAAUAACGAUGCAGAUACGGAGUAACGUAGCUUUGAAAAGCCUCCUUUCAGGGAGUUCAACAGCACUGCUACUCUUGCUCUUGAAUCUGUUGCCAAAAGACAUGGGGAAAACAUCUGCUUCUCUCAUAGAGACUUUAGGAGCACGUCAAGUGAAUAUUAAAAUAAAACGUAUAUACUUAAUACAACUCUUAGUUUGUGUGGACCCUUUACAUUUUCAGUAUUUAAAAAUGACGAGGUUAUCUUACUCUGAAGUUUUAGAAGCUAGUGUAUUUAGGACGGUUUUCCCUGUAGUCCACUGUAUAAAGUAUUUGCUUUAAGAGAGUCCGUUGUUGUACGCGACUGUUGAUCGCUCAUCGGUGCAUCGGCCCGAGGGGGCUGCUCACAGGUGCACUUUAGCAAAGGGAAUCCUGGUUCACUGGCAGGUUCAUCCUUGACAAGUAGGGCUGCGCCAGCCUGCAUUUGCUUUGAAAUUCAUCUUCAUAGCAUAGGAAGUAGUCACAGAAAUUAUACGUAGAUGACCUUUUCUUUGAAAAUUCGGAAUCAUAGUGUAAUCUUUGGGACCUACACUGGGCUCAUUUAAUUUCCUCCCAUGUUUUUCUUUUGUUCUUGUUUCUUGUGGUAAAGGAACAGUGAUUUUCAUUUUUUUGCUUAAUAUCCCAUCCUACUGUAUUCACUAUUUGAAAGUCAGUAGUGAAACAAACAGGUGGUAAAUGCCAUUAUUAGUGUGUUUCUUUUCUUCCUACUAGGGCCUGAAGAGUCAUGCCUUGUUUAAGAAAGUAUACAGUGUAGCAUAUUUAGUGCUAUUUAGUGUUCCAUGGAUUAUAUAUUUUUUAAAAGGAAAAAUUUGAGAGUAUCACUUAUCACCACCAGCAUCACUGUUACAACUGUUGAACAAGUAUGCUGGAGGAAACGCAGUCGAUGUGUAGUGGAAGGGUUAUUAUGUCUCUGCAAAGACUCAACCGUUAGAUGAAUGGUUUAAAAAAAUCUCAGCUCUGGUAAUUCCACACAUCUAAAAACAACAGUUUGAAAUAGCCUAAGCAUGAAUUAUCCCAGGUAAAUCAGGAUAUUUUAGUAAUGGGAAAGAUUAUUUCGUGGAAGCUGUUUGCUUUUUACCAUUGACUGGGCUUGGGCAUUGGGGGUAUCUCCACAAUUUUUCUUAGGUGAUUACUAAGCUGUUAUUGUUAAGAAAUGCCCCAUUCAUUUCUAUCAAGGAAAAAAAGGUAGUUUCAUACAAUUAUCAUGUUAGAAAUGUUCAUUUUAUUUUGAAAUCAGUGUCCAUUUUAGAAGUUUAAUUUUGAGUUCCUGGUGCCCACAUAUUUUUUAUCUAGCCGCCCCCCCACCAGCUUUGUUGUUUUCGGGGCAAGUGUUCAGAUAACGUCAACACAACGUUUUCUUAAAUCAUGGUGUUAACUAUUGAUAAGGGACGUUUUUGUUAAGGAUAUGUUUGAAGAUGGAGUUUUUCAUAUCAGCUUUCAUUCUGUUGGCUUUGGCAAAAUGUACGGUAGGUUUUCAUAAUCACUGCCUAUUUUUUGUCAUUGAAAUGUAUCUUUUGUGUUUUUAAAUGCAUUUAUUUCACAGUUGUGACUUUACUAUUGACUUUAAAUAAAGAAGUAGAAAUAAAAAAUGAAAUUUUAAGUGAAAGCCCUUUUAUCUAUUAAUGGGAAUAUAUUAGAAUGAUUAAGAAUAUUUUGGGUGUUUAUUUUUUAAUGAAUCAUGUUAUAUUUGAGUGUGGAUGAUUAUGCUUUAUAGGUGGAGAGGUAGCAAAUAAAGAUGAAGUAAUUGAAAAUGAUGAGCAGUGUAUUCAUGGGAUUUUGCAGUGGGGUAAUUAUUUGUUCUGCGGAGAGAAAGUAGGCCUAGGGAGGGAGCACGACGACCUACCCCUCAGUCAGAUUGCUGCUUGGAGAUGGCUUGAAAUAGCAUCCAGAAUCUGAUAAAGCCCGAGAAACUGCCAGCAAUACCGUAACUACCAGGAACAUCAUUUAAGUCUGUACUGCUUAUCGGUCGAUAUAUCUGGUUCUAGUACUAAUAAAGAGAAAUGUCAUUAAAAUAGCAGACAUCGUAGUUAAAAUACAAAAUGUGUAAGUGUUGGUUUCCAGCUGUUUGAGAGGACAAAAGUGAAGCAAAACCUGUUAAUUUAUGGGAAAACUUGAAAAAUUAUUUUAAAUAAAC